AUGCCGCCUGUUUCUUCGUCAAAAGCUAAGAGAGAUGCCAAAAAGGCAGAAAGAGAGGCUAAGAAAGCUGCUGCUGGUAAGACUACUACAACUGCCAAAAGAUCUGCAAAGAAGAAGGAUGAAGAUGUAGAUGAGAGUGAAGCUGCGGCUGAAGAAAUUGCCAAACUAAAACUUCAACAAGAUAAAGAUGGUAUUUCUGACCGUGUUGUUACUGGUGUGUUGGACUCGUUGCAAACGUCAAGAGACAUAAAGAUGUCCUCGGUUUCAUUGUUAUUCCAUGGUAAGGUUUUAAUUCAAGAUUCUCAACUUGAAUUGAACUAUGGGCGUAGAUAUGGUUUAUUGGGUGAGAACGGUUGUGGUAAAUCUACUUUCCUUAAGGCCAUUGCUUCCAGAGAAUAUCCUAUUCCAGAAAAUAUUGAUAUUUACUUGCUAGACGAGCCAGCCGAGCCAUCUGAAUAUUCUGCACUUGAGUAUGUUGUUAGAGAGGCUCAAAAUGAAUUGAAAAGACUGGAAGACCUUGUUGAGAAAAUUAUUGUCGAAGAUGGGCCGGAGUCCGAGCUUUUGGAGCCACUAUAUGAAAAGAUGGACUCAUUGGAUCCAUCAACCUUUGAAACACGUGCUGCUAUUAUCUUGAUUGGUUUGGGUUUCAAUCCUAAGACCAUUAACAAAAAGACCAAGGACAUGUCUGGUGGUUGGAAAAUGCGUGUUGCUUUGGCUAAGGCGCUAUUUGUGAAGCCUACACUGUUGUUGUUGGACGACCCAACUGCGCAUUUGGACUUAGAGGCUUGUGUUUGGCUGGAAGAAUACUUGAAGCGUUUUGACCGUACAUUAGUUUUGGUGUCGCACUCGCAGGAUUUCUUGAAUGGUGUCUGUACUAAUAUGCUCGACAUGAGAUUGCAGAAGUUAACAGCUUAUGGUGGUAACUACGACUCUUACAUUAAGACUCGUUCUGAAUUGGAAACCAAUCAAAUGAAACAAUAUAACAAACAACAAGAAGAAAUUGCCCAUAUCAAGAAGUUCAUUGCUUCCGCAGGUACUUAUGCCAAUCUUGUGAAACAAGCUAAGUCCAGGCAAAAGAUUUUGGACAAAAUGGAAGCUGACGGGUUGGUGCAAGCUGUUGUCCCAGACAAGGUCUUUUCUUUCAGGUUCCCAGAAGUAGAGAGAUUACCACCACCUGUUCUAGCCUUCGAUGAAAUCUCGUUUGCUUACGAUGGAAAUCCAGAAAACAACUUGUACGAAGGUCUAAACUUUGGUGUUGAUAUGGAUUCUAGAAUUGCACUUGUUGGACCAAAUGGUGUUGGUAAAUCUACCUUAUUAAAGAUUAUGACAGGUGAGUUGACCGCUCAAGGUGGUCGUGUCUCUAGACACACACACGUUAAAUUAGGUGUCUACUCUCAACAUUCUCAAGACCAAUUGGAUCUAACAAAAUCCGCAUUGGAAUUUGUUCGUGGAAAGUAUUCGCAUAUCUCUGAGGACUACCAGUAUUGGAGAGGUCAAUUAGGUCGCUACGGUUUGACUGGAGAAGGCCAAACUGUCCAGAUGGGAACUUUAUCUGAGGGUCAACGUUCUCGUGUCGUUUUUGCAUUAUUGGCUCUUGAGCAACCAAACGUUUUGUUAUUAGAUGAACCUACUAACGGUUUAGAUAUUCCAACUAUCGAUUCUCUUGCAGAUGCAAUUGAUUCAUUCAAUGGUGGUGUUGUUGUUGUGUCCCACGAUUUUAGAUUGUUAGACAGAAUCGCAAAGGACAUCUUUGUCGUGGAAAACAAAACGGCUACUAGGUGGGAAGGUUCUAUUUUGGAUUACAAGAACAAAUUGGCGAAGAAUGUUGUAUUGUAG